AAAGGAAAAAAGCGUGAAUUAUCAGUCUCUGAAGUUAAGGUUUUAUAUUUUUUUAACAAAUGUCACAAUUUAUUUUUUAUUUUUAAUUAUUGUUAAUUUAAAAAAAAGCAUUAACAUCAUUUAUAUUGUGAUAAUCAAAGCAUUAACAUCAUUACCAAAUUCUCUGUUAUAUCUUUCAUAUUUGCCUUACUUCUUAAAUUAAUUGUUAUAUUUUUUGGAUUUGCAGAAAGAAUUACAUUUUGGGAAGAAACUUCCUCCAGGCUGUUCAUGGCUUUAUUAAAAUCAUUUUAAUCCAAACAUGGACGGAGAUGACAUGCCACAUUGUUUGGACCUUUUAUUUCGACCAACUAAAGAGAUGAAAUUUUUUGAAUAUGAGCUGGCCAUUGCUGCUUACAUUUUUGGAAAUAAUUUAGAUCCGAAGGAAAUGCUUAUCCCAGACGAUUAUUGUAUGGGCACACGCAAGACUCUUCUGACUAUUAUGCCCGGCAAGCCAAUAAUUGGUGAUGUCCUUACCUUAGUUUGUUCGAUGAUGACCAAAGGGCCAUUUGGGCCAAGUAAUAUCAAAUUAAGGACCCAAUGGUUUUUGCCACCGACAUUCUCUCAAAUUGUGUUAAGUUCGAAACAGAAAUGUUCCGGCACAAUGAAAUACAUCAAGGAUAACUUUAUGGGAGACCUCGGCGGUUUACAUGAGAUUUUUGUGCCAAUUCACCUUAAUGGUCAUUGGUUUCUCAUAGUGGUUAAUCUGCUUUAUAAGACCGUGAGGUAUAUGGACUCGUUCAAGGGCUGUACAUCGAUGACAGUGCGUAAGGGUGUCAUUGAUGAUGUGUUAACUUAUCUUGAGAAGUUUGUAUCCGACAAAAAUUUCCAAGAAACACCUUCACAUGAAAACCUUCAAUUUUCUAAAUAUAAAUUCUCUGAGCCAGCUGUCCCACAACAAAAAGCCAAGUCGAAUGAUUGUGGUAUUUGGGUCGCUGAAUGGAUGAUCCUCAAUCACUAUUGGGGCGUCAACAAGCCAUGGGUUGUCAAUGACUACUCAAGAUUGCAAUUGGCUGUGGAUUUGGUGUACAAAUGGCACAACCCGAAGCGGCAUACGAUAAAAGACCUUGCUGUUGCUGACUGGAAUAAAAAGAUGCAGCAGUCUGUCCUUAAAACUUAGGAUUUUGAGACGCUUCUAGUUAAAAAUUUAUUAAUCGUAAUCGUGUCUUUUAAGAAAACAUUUAUUUAGUUAAGUUAUGGAUUGAUUAGGUCAUUUUAAAUUUGUUUGAAGUACACUUUAUCUUUAUAUUUAAGUCUAUAAUAAUUUAUAUAUUACUGUUUUUGGACUA